AUCAUCUUUCAAGACUUCUAGGAGCUUUUUCUUGGCGAUCACCAACUCCAUGGCGGCUGCCAUUUUUAUUUUACGGAGUUUACCGAGAACUGCCGACUUUCGCCGAAGACAACUUCCUGAAGACGUGGCAGAGUGUAGAACGAUUGUACAUCCUCCCUUUUUAGACUAUAAAGUAUACAAAUUAAUUCCUCACAUUUACCUAGUAAUAUUUUACUAAUGAUAUGAAAAUUUUAGAUUAAAUAAUAUGAUAUUUUUACGAUUUUUUAAAUUUGACAUCAACGAUUCUGAUACAUGUUUUAUGAGAUAUUUCUCUAACAUGAAACAGGAGGAAGGUGUAAUCAUCUCACAGCCUCAUUACGAGCACCAUACUGGUUCCGGUUUGCCGGUCCGAGGAUUACGUGGCUUCUUUAUUUAGGGUUUUUGUAUCAAAUAGACAAGAUGCCAAGCCAAACUGAGCUCCUUAGUAAAGCAGAAGACUUAGCCGACCAGGUUCUUCGUCACAGCAAGCAUGUUUUGCCUCAUAUUGCAAGAUUGUGUCUGAUUAGUACCUUCCUGGAGGAUGGAAUCCGUAUGUGGACCCAAUGGGGAGAACAGAGGGACUACAUGGAUUCCCAGUGGGGUUGUGGCACCAUGUUGGCCUCAACAUUUGUCCUGGUCAAUCUGGUUGGUCAGCUAGCAGGGUGCAUUAUGGUACUUAGCAGGCAGAAAGUACCUAUCGCAUGUGGCAUAUUAUUCUCUAUUAUCUUUAUCCAGACAAUUGCAUACAGUAUUCUAUGGGAUCUGAAAUUCCUUAUGAGAAAUCUGGCUCUAGCCGGAGGUGUCAUACUGAUUCUAGCAGAGAGUAAAGCUGAGGGUAAGAGUCUGUUCGCCGGGCUCCCCUCCCUGGGUGAAAACACGCCCAAGACUUAUCUGCAGCUGAGUGGCCGCCUUCUACUCGUCCUUAUGUUCCUUACGCUUCUACGAUUCGAAAUGUCUCCAUUACAAAUGGUUGAAAAUUUCAUCGGCACCGCUUUGAUAAUUUUGGUAUCCAUUGGUUACAAGACCAAAUUAUCCGCCUUAGUUCUAGUUUGCUGGCUCACUCUUAUAAACUUUUACUUCAAUGCCUGGUGGAAUAUCCCAUAUUAUCGACCAAUGAGGGACUUCCUAAAGUAUGAUUUCUUCCAAACUCUGUCCGUGAUUGGUGGACUAUUGUUGGUUGUCGCAUUAGGCCCUGGCGGUGUCAGUAUGGAUGAGCAUAAAAAGAAAUGGUAAAAACAAGAAGCUUAUAGGAUCUUUAACAAUUUUAUAUUCAUAAUAUAUGAUAUAGUAAUUCACCUCCCUGUUGAUCCAUCUGUACAUUGUUACAUCAUACAAUGGGAGCUUUAAUACCUGUGACAUCAUCAUGUAAUAUACCCGGAUUGGAUUUUUAAAGGGUAGUCGAACUGUUUUUCUCAGAGCUAAUAAGAAGCAUUGGAUAUUACAAAGAUAUGUGUAAAUUUGGUUAGUUAUGUAUACAUAGUAGCCUUCAUAAAAACCACAGUUCGUCAAUGGUAUUGGAAAACAUGCAAGAGUAAAACAGAAAUAUGCUUGCUCUCGCUAAAAUUUGUUUUAUUCUUAUGGAUAGGCAUUUGUCUUCCACUGUCUUAUAGAUAGGGUAUAUAUUUAUAAAGAUAACACUUUAGUUUGAUAAAGCUCUUUUGGGGAUUAGAGAAUGAUAAUUGAAAUCUAUAUAUUUUGUUAA